AAGAGCAUGCAACAGACAACUUAGUGCAACUUUAGAUCACACGCAUCAACUUCUGUUGCACCGACGGGAUUUAACAUUUUGAACAAGGAAACUUACUACGCUUUCUGUAUAUAACCUGAUCAUUUUUAUUUUUCUAAUUUCGCAUUAAUAUACAAGAUGCUUUUUCCACUGUAAUAACAUCAUAACCAGCACUUGUCUUAAUUUAUUAUUGUGAUUUUUGUUAUAUAUCUUCACUAUUAUUUAAUUCUGACUACUUUAUCAGUGAAGAAUUGCUUAAUUAAUCUGAAUUAACUUUUUGACGUGUGGGGACUGUAUUGCAGCAGCCCCGUAGAAGCGCUACCGCCUUUCGCUUAAUCCUUGUAAAAUGAGGCAUUUGAAAUUUGUGCUCUUGUUGGCCAUCGCGGCCAAUUUUUGGGAAUGCGGUGAUGCGAAAAUCGGCGAGAAUGGAGAAUUAAGUCCAAGGAGGAGGAGAUGUUACGAUGGAAGUCUGCCGAAACGCCUGAAGAAGAAGGAGCGAAAACUGUCACUGGAGGGAAGCGGCGGAGGGGAGGUUUGUCACAGGCUAUAUCCUCGUGUGUCUUGCUGUCCGUCCAGGAGGGCUCCGUAUCAGAUACUCCACCGGAGAGAUGCUCGGAUCUUCUCGACCAAUAACACGGAGUGUUCUAGACUGCUGGAGGAGAUUAAGUGUGCCCAUUGUUCACCACAUGCUCAGAUGCUCUUCCACUCACCCAAACUUGAAAAAGCGCCACACAGAGCACAAGACCUACCCCGCUUAUGCCACGGCUACUGCCAAGAGUUCUACUACACCUGUCGGGGACAUGUACCAGAACUGUUCCAAGCUGACGUGGAUGAGUUCUGCCAGUACUAUGGAAGGAGGGACGGAGGCCUGUGCUUUCCAGAUUUUCACCGAAAGCAACUGGGCAGAGAUUCUAACUACCUGUUAGAUGAAAAAAUAGAAGUAAUAAACAGAAAACACAAACACAACUGCUACUGUACUCAGGAGAUCCUCAGUGGUCUUCGACAACCUGUUGGUGUGGUGCAUUGUGGGGAUGGAUCACAGCGCCUUUUUAUUUUGGAGAAGGAAGGCUUUAUCCGGAUACUAACACACAACUUGGAGCUCCUAAAAGAGCCUUUUCUGGACAUACACAAGCAAGUCCAAAGUGGUAUAAAGGGCGGAGAUGAAAGGGGCUUGCUAAGCCUUGCAUUCCACCCCAAUUAUAAGAAAAAUGGAAAGCUCUACAUCUCCUACACGACCAACCAGGAGCGCUGGUCUAUCGGGCCGCACGACCACAUUCUACGCGUGGUGGAGUACACAGUGUCCAGGAAAAAUACCAACCAGGUGGACACAAGGACUACCCGUGUUUUAAUGGAAGUAGCAGAGCUCCACCGGAAGCAUCUGGGAGGGCAGCUCCUUUUCGGGCCUGAUGGGCUUCUGCACAUCUUUUUAGGUGAUGGCAUGAUCACUUUGGACGAUAUGGAGGAGAUGGAUGGCCUGAGUGAUUUCACAGGAUCUGUCCUAAGGGUGGAUGUGGAUACAGAUUGUUGCAACACUCCUUACUCUAUACCCAGAAACAACCCAUAUUUUAACAGCACCAACCAGCCCCCAGAAAUAUUUGCUCAUGGACUACAUGAUCCAGGGAGGUGUGCAGUGGAUAAGGUCCGCAUGGACAUCAAUGGAAGUCUGAUGAUCCUAUGCACGGAUACAGUUGGCAAAAAUACAACAACAGGCAGAAUCCUGCAGGUCAUCAAAGGGAAAGACUACGAAAAUGAGCCGUCUACGUUUGACUUGGGGUCAAAUGGAGGCGCCACUCCAGUCGGUGGUUUCAUCUAUAGGGGAUGUCAGUCAAGACGACUUUAUGGAAGUUACGUAUUUGGAGACAAAAAUGGGAACUUCAGAAUUCUCCAGAGAUCUUUAGGAGAUAGGCCGUGGCAGGAGAAGCCUUUUUGUCUUGGUAGCAGCAGUCCCUGUGGUUCCUCACUGGUAGGCUACAUCCUGGGUUUUGGCGAAGAUGAAUUGGGUGAAGUCUACAUACUUGCUUCAAGCAAAAGCAUGGCGAUGCAAUCACACAGUGGAAAGCUCUACAAGUUGGUGGACCCCAAGAGGCCACAGGUUCCUAAAGAGUGCAGACGGCCAGUAGAGGAUCCAGAGAUGCUUAGCACCGCUUGUUCCCGAGAAUGCAAGAAUGGACACUGUACACCAACUGGCAAGUGCUGCUGCAGCCCUGGCUGGGAUGACCCUUUCUGCUUACGAGCCAAGUGUGAACCAGCUUGUCGCAAUGGCGGGGUCUGCGUGGAACCCAACAAGUGCCUCUGCAAAGAAGGCUUCUCGGGGGCCCAGUGUGAGAUAGGGGAGCGUGGCAUGCGAGGGGACGGUGAGAAAGACAGCAUACUGGAGCACAUCAUUGACAUGACCUCCUACCUGUUGGACCUCACCAGUUAUAUUGUAUAAAGAGCAGGUCAGGGUGAUAAAGCGCUCUUCUGCAGUUGGCAGACUGAACGUUAAGGAGGCCUUUCAGAGUUCGCCUUCAAGACACCAUCCCUAAUCUCCACCUGAUCCUCCUCUCCCAGCACUGUUCUUUUUCAUGAGCCACAGGCUUCUGAUUUUCAAGCUCCCCUAUGCCAUCUGCACUCCCCCCCGCCCCCCACCCCCCCAUGUACAAAUACACGUCAAACAAUAACAGGGUGGUCAAUAGGACCACACCACGUGUAGCUCACCAAGGGGUCACAUGUUGGAGGUACCACGCCGGACUCAAGGGUAUUAUAGAAGUCGUCCUGUUGGCUGACCAAGUCUUGGUCCACUUUAAAGUCAAUCAUCCCUGCAACAAUAAUGGACUCAUAAGGCACUGGACACCCCAUAUGAGACCAACGUGAAUGCUUGGCCCAGCCCCAACAUGGGCACCUGUACUACAGGACUCGGAACACCAACUGGGAUUUUUGGGACAGAAGUAUAACAAACAGCGAAUUUAAGGAAGUCAAAUGGAAAGUAUAAGAAACUGAACUGUACCAUAGAAAAUAAUCAUUGCUUUGGGAUUCACAGGUGCUUAAAGAAUGAGGGAGGUAACACCAGUAGAUGCCGACAAUACGACACGCCAGAAACUAUUGUCUGUGUAUAACUGGACAAUCAUUGGAUGGGACUUGAUGCCAGUUUACCAUACAUGCAGUUUCAUUAAACAGAUCUGCUUAAAUGUCAUUGAUCUAUAAAAUGAUCAGAAUAGAUCCUGCAAAGUCAAACCUCUGUCCCAUUGAGUGAAGUGAAAUCUAAAUCUUAAGAAUGUUCUUACAGUCACUUUGCAUUUAAAACAAUUAAUUUAAAUGAAUACACAUAAAAAGUUGGAGAUGGUUUGCAGGAUAACCAUAAACAGGAUCCUGCUUUGGUUAAAGCUACAGAAUACUAUUUUCCUAUGUUUGUCCAUGACCAUGCACGCUGCUUUCAUUGCAAAUUGUAUAUCUUAUCAUAUUGUAAUAUGUUCAUGUAUCUAGUUUUUGUGUGAUGUCAUGCACAGGAACCCUUUUUUAUAUGAAAGAUCCUUGUAAGAAGAUUUAAACAAAUAACAUUACUACAUUUACUUUCAAUACUGUUUUGUCAGUCACAGUGGGCAAGCUUCACCUGCAGUUUCUGCUUUUUAUAAACACAAAACCGUUAUCCGUUUUUGUCAUUUAAAAAAGGGAACAAGGCUGUUGACUGGUGUACAUUUCAUAUAGUAAUGUAGUUAAAUGGGUAGUUAGACUUGCCAUUAUUUGAUAGAGGAAGGUUUAUUUUGAAGGAAUAAUUUAUGGGUGAGGCGAAUAAUAGCAGCCUGUAAAUUCAUAAUUUAAUGUAGGGAUGGAUCCUAAGACAGUUCCAACAAGGAAAUACAUCUAUAAAAAUCCAAUUUAAAGAAGUAACAUUCUCUUCCCAUCAAGAGUACUUUGCAGACUUUCCAUGCUUUUUUUUAAAUGCUAAAAGCUAAAGCUCUCAUUUUAGAAUGCUUUUUUUUAUUCAGCCUGCAGCUCAUGAAUGAAUAGAUUACAGUGACACUAUUAUACUUUGAUGGCAUCACCAACCCUGAAAAACGGUUGUGAAAGUGAGCUUAUAAUUUUGUUUACAUACAUACUUCACCAUAUUGCCUCAUAAAAGCAUAAGCUGUUUUUCGUUUUUGUAAUUGCUGAAUAAAAAUGACUGAAACCGUACAUUCUGUAUAUCAGCUUUAGACUAUUUUGUAACCAGUCAGGUCAUCAAUAUUUCACCUAAUGUUUAAUUCACCCCACCAUUUUUUUAUGUGCUUCUAAAAUUAGUAAAUUGAUCUUCUAGGUUUACACUCGCCUUGAAUAGUUCAUUGUAUUCAGUGUUAUUAGUGUAACUGUUCAUUUCUCCCAAAGAGAGGUAUACCAACAGCAAACCAUAAGUGUUUAUUACUUUAUAUUCAGUGCAUUUUUAGAACUCUUGGAUCAUGCUGUAGAUCUCCUUGAUAAUUUUAGCACUUAAUGUGAAACCUGCAUUGGAGCUGCUGGGAAGGUGUCGUGUGAAUAGAAUAACCCUGUUUCUUUUAUUAUUUAAGUAGUUACACCGUAAAGUUAUUUAAAUUGUCUACAUUGUUUUUACUGUUGUAUGUGAAGAAAUAUGAUCAUUUAUUGUAAAUAAAAGUAGGGUUAUCUUGGGUUCUUCUCAGAAAUAUCAAUAUGUUUAAUAAAGUCUAUAGCAUG